UAGAUAGAUAGAUAGAUAGAUAGAUAGAUAGAUAGAUAGAUAGGUACGAUAACUCAUCCUGGACAGCAGGUGUCAGUAGAGAGUAAUACCACACACACUUCACACCCGCAGAGUUAAAGCUUCAUUUUGGGGCGGGACUUGGUGGACAAACAUGGCGGCCAUCCUUCCCAAGAUCUUGUCCUUCGCUAAAACUACGAGGACUUUCCUUCAGACUUCUAGACUUUCUGUGGUAGCGGUUCAGAAAUACACCGUUCCUGUUUCUACCUACGGGGAAGUAAUCACUCACACAGGACAGGUUUUUGAUGAAAAUGAUGUACGAAGAGCGAGAUUCGUGGGCAGACAUAAAGAGGUGAAUCAGAACUUUGCGAUAAACCUGGUUGCGGAGGAGCCCGUAUCUGACGUAGAAGCUCGAGUGGUGUCUUGUGAUGGAGGCGGAGGAGCUCUGGGUCAUCCCAAAGUUUAUAUCAAUCUGGACAAAGUGACCAAAGUGGGUACGUGCGGUUACUGUGGAUGCCAGUUUCAGCAGAAACCCCAUCACUGAGUUCGUCUCCUGUCCACUUUCAUGUGUUGAUUCAUAAAUUAUUCCCUUUGACCUGUGUGUCGUGGUUUCCUGUAUAAUAAAAGCUUACAAGUGA